AGGAGGUUACCCCAUAUUCAGAGGAGGAGGUUAUAAACAAACAAGAAGAAAGAGCAGGAAUUCAUAAAUUAAGAGGAGGUGGUGGAUCUUUUUCGGUAUUGGUAUGAACUUUUCGCUUAUAGAGAUGAGUGAAUAAAAACAAAAAUAUAUUAAUAUCGAUAUAUUAUUAACAUUUACAAAUAUCGAGCAUAUUCUUAGGCAGGGAGGGAGGGAAAGAGAAACAGACAGAGACAGAGACAGACAGACAGACAGACAGACAGAGACAGACAGAGACAGAGACAGAGAGAGAUAUAGACAGAGAGAGAGAGAGAGAGAGAUUCACGCUUAUCCCCACUUACUUUCACCCCCACCAUAUCAAUGUCCAGUCAUAUAUAGUAAAAACAUCCAGUAGUAAGUAUUAGGUCAGAAUGACGGAAGAAAAUCAUUUACUCUCUCAACAGACCAGUUUUACUGUUCAACAUCAAUCUAUACUUAGUGUAUUACAAUCUCCUCCUAGGGAAGAAGAAGAAUCUAUAACCUGCGAACAAGAUACAAAAGAAAAUAUAGAGGAAAUUAAGCGGUUGUUUUGUGCAAUUUGUCACGACAUGGUUGAUUGCUACGAAACUUGUGUGCCAAAUACUUGUUCCCAUUUUUUUUGUUUAAACUGUAUAUUAACAUGGAACGAUGUACGUUAUGAUUCAAAAAUGACAACUAAGUGUCCACUAUGUGGUUCAUAUUAUAAAUAUUUAGUGCAGUUUCGAAAAGAUAUAAUUAGAUAUUACUUUGUCCAGAGUAUAAAAAGGAUAUUAAAAUAAAUGUGACCAUAAAUAUUUGCAGUUUUAUUUCAUAUCAUGUAAAAGUUGGAUGUAACAGUAAUGUAAAAAUUGAUUUGACAAUAAAUAUUAUUUAAAAAAUAAGUUCUAGAGAUUUUAUCCAAUGUUCCCAUCAAACACUUCAUUUAAUUCUAAACACACACACAAGCAAACAACAACACAACCAGUUUAAUAAAACAUUUUAUCGAUAUUUCAAAUCAUUGCUCAUCUCUAAUAUAAAAUUUAAAAAAUAAAACCAGUAUCACAGGUUCAACGAUCUCAGAGAGAACCGAGAACAAGAUACCUGCAGAUAUAAUCUCAGAUCGACCUCGCCUCCAUCGACCAGUUACUUUGUGUGGUUCUUAGGUGUGGUUUGGCUUGCGAAAGACAAAAACGAUACUUAAAUUUCGCGUCCAUUACAAUUAAGUUUUGGUAAACAUUAUCUGUGUCAGUUAAAGUUAAUAUAUAUUAUAGAUUUGGACUGAAAUAUCAACAUGUUCAAUUGCACAUCUUGUAGUAAAUCUUUUAGUCGUAAAGAUAACUUAUUACGUCAUAUGAGGACUGCCUGUAGCAAGUCAAGAUUUUUCAAUCAAAGGGUUGCAAAGUCUACUGUGAAUGAAAAAAAAGAGAGAUUUUGUAAAGAUUGUAAUGUGCCAGUUUUGUCAAAUAUGUGGGUAGGACAUUUACUAUCCAACUUUCACAAAAACAAUUCUAAAAUGAUAGAAGAUAAAGGAGUUCAAAUUAUUAAGUCGGCGUUUAAGGAACGAAUAGUGUCAUACAGAAUUACUACAGAAAAAAAUAUUCUAGAUGUCAAACAAUAUUUUCAACAUUUGGAAUCAAAAAUUCAAUGCAUAUUAGACUAUCAGCUGAAUAAACAUACAUGUAUUAAAAUUAAUAUGGAACUUUUUGGCUACUAUUAUAACCCCACUAGUGAAAAUUAUGAUGUUAAAUCAUUUAAUACACCUUUCAAUGUAAUUUGCAAAGGCACCGAAACGAAAGACUUAAUGGAAAAACUUAUAAUAAUUAUUGAUAAAAAAGCUGACGAAUUUGCAGAAAGGGAUUCUGGAUGGGCUCUACUUAAUCUUCUUUACUUGGAGAUUAAUAUAAAUAAAUUCAAUCCUCUGAAGGCAUCCUCAUUCAUUGAACUUCCAGUUGAAAUUUCAAGACGCAACGCUGUUGUUAACAUAAGAAAUAAUGAUGACUACUGUUUUGCAUGGUCAGUAGUAGCAGCUCUUCACAUUCCAACAGGACCUAAUUUUGACAUAUCAUCAUACCCGCACUAUUCAACAGUUUUAAACAUCACAGGUAUUGAUUUCCCUAUGUCAUUAAAAGACAUAAAAAAAUUUGAGAAUCAAAACAAUAUUUCUAUUAAUGUUUACGGUUUAGAAAAGUAUUUUGAUAAAAUUUCUAAUAAUCAGAAAUAUGAAGUAAUUGGACCUCUAUAUUAUUCAUGUGAUAAGAAAGAGAAACAUAUUAAUUUGCUUUUGAUAAAUGAUGAUGACGAUAAUUUUCAUUAUUGUUACAUUGCUGAUUUUUCUAGACUAAUUUCCACUCAAUUGAGCAAACAUCACGGAAAAAAACAUUUAUGUGAUGGUUGUCUUCAAUACUAUCAAACAGAACAAAAAUUACAAUAUCAUAGUAAGCAUGAUUGUGAUCAUGUUAGAAUUAACUUACCUUCGAAAGAUCCAGUGACAGAUAAGUAUGGAAAUGAAAUCUAUGAAAAUAAAUUAAAAUACAUAAAUUAUCAUAAACAAAUGGAAGUUCCUUUUAUAGUGUAUGCGGAUUUUGAAUGCAUUUUAAAACCUUUAAAUAAUGGAAAUAUUGAUGAAAAUCCAAAUAGUUCUUAUACCUUAAAAAAAUUUGAACAUAUUCCUUAUUCUUUUGCUUAUUAUAUCAAAUGCUCGUUUGAUGAUGCAUUCUCGAAAUUUGAAAGAUAUAGAGGUUUUAACUGUGAAAAAGUUUUUAUAAAUUUGUUAGAACAAGAUGUAUUAAAUUUGUAUCAUACAUUUUUAAAAAAUCCUAAAAAAAUGAAUAGUUUGACGGAAUUAGAAAAAAUUAAACACAACUAUGCCACAGACUGUCAUAUUUGUGAUAAACCACUUUUAAGUGAUAAAGUUGCCGACCACUGUCACAUUACUGGAAACUAUAGAGGACCAGCUCAUUCUUUAUGUAACAUAAAAUAUAAAACUCCUAAUUAUAUUCCAGUUGUCAUGCACAACUUACGUAAUUACGACUGCCACCUAUUUAUCAAAAACCUAUGUUUAAAUAAAGAGGAAUUAACAGUAAUUGCACAUAACAAAGAAAAAUACAUAUCUUUUGAAAAAUCUAUCCCCGUAGAUUGUUACGUUGACAAACAUAUCAGUAUUAUUAAGCGAAAGAAAUUGUCCUUGAGAUUUAUUGACUCAUUUCAGUUUCUAUCAUUUUCUUUAUCAAAACUCUCAGAUACCCUGAAAGAUGAACAAUGUGUAGAAAUAAAAAAAUUUUUCGAUGAUGAUAAAAAAUUUCAGCUUAUUCGUCAGAAAGGUGUGUUUCCCUAUAGUUAUAUUGAUUGUUUUGAAAAACUAGAUGAUACAUAUUUGCCAGAAAAAGAUAAAUUUUACAAUAACAUAACAGAUGAGCACAUUUCUGAUGAAGAAUAUGAAAGAGCCCAAACAGUAUGGAAUUUAUUUGAGUGCGAAUGUAUAGGUCAUUAUUCAGAUAUAUAUUUACUAUCAGACACUUUACUUUUAGCAGAUAUUUUUGAAAAUUUCCGUAAAACUUGUUUAUCUACAUACAAACUAGACCCUGCACACUUUUAUACUUUUCCCGGGUUAAGCUGGGAAGCUAGUUUACGAUAUACAGGCAUAGAAUUGGAAUUAUUAACUGAUCCGGAUAUGUUGCAUUUUUUCAAAAAUAGCGUUCGUGGUGGGGUUAGUUCUUGUAUAACAAGAAAAUCUGAAGCAAAUAAUCCUUUUCUUUCAAGCUACGAUGCAUCAAAACCACAUAAAUACAUAAUGUACUAUGAUGCAACAAAUUUAUACGGUUUUGCAAUGUCACAGUAUCUACCAACAGGGGAUUUUAAGUGGUUAACAGAAAAAGAAAUAGAAAAUUUAGAUAUUUUUUCUAUUUCUAACACUUCUGAAAAAGGAUUUGUGCUAGAAGUUGAUUUAGAAUAUCCUGAAAAUCUCCAUGACCAUCACAAUGAUUUUCCUUUUUGUCCUGAGAACUAUAAACCACCCAAUUCAAAUUCCACAAAAUUAAUACCUAAUUUAAAUAGCAAAUCCAAAUAUGUUAUUCAUUACCAGUUAUUACAACAAUGUCUACAAAAUGGACUUAAGUUAACUAAAAUACAUAGAGUUUUACAAUUUUCGCAAUCUGCUUGGUUGAAAAAAUUUAUAGAUUUAAAUACAACAUUACGUAAUGAGUCUAGAAAUGAAUUUGACCGUCACACGUUUAAAUUAGCAAAUAACAGUAUAUACGGAAAAACAAUGGAAAAUGUGGAUAGGAGAGUUGAUGUAAGACUUGUUACAGAAUGGGAAAAAAAUAAACAAAAAGAUGGUGCUGAAAAUUUGAUUGCAAAACCAUAUUUCAAAGAUUUGACUAUUUUCUCAGAAAAUUUGGUGGCUAUUCAAAUGCAGAAAGUAUCAAUCACUUAUAAUAAACCAAUAUAUGUUGGAUUUUGCGUUUUAGAUAUAUCUAAAACUGUUAUGUACGAUUUCUUUUACAACUUUUUAAAACCUCUAUAUAAAGAAAAUGUUUCUCUUCUGUAUACAGACACUGAUUCUUUUAUUCUUGAAAUCGAAACAAACAAUGUUUAUUGUGAUAUGCAAAAGAAUAUUCAUAAAUUUGAUACAUCCAAUUAUUUACCUAAUAAUAUGCAUAAUAUGCCAAUAACACAAUCAGUUGUUGGUAAAUUUAAAGAUGAAUAUGCUGGUGAACCUAUUACAACAUUCUACGGUACGGGAGCAAAAGCAUAUUGCAUAAAAACUGAAAAUAGUCUCUUAAAAAAAGCUAAAGGUAUUAAGAAACCUACUAUUAAAAAUCAGUUAGACUUUAUCCACUACAAAGAUGUUGUAGAAAAUAACUCUAAAAAAUUUUGCUCUAUGUAUGUGUUUCGUUCUCGACUACAUACAAUUUUUACCGAGUUGGUAAAUAAAAUCGCGCUAAGUUCAGAAGAUACGAAGCGAUAUAAAAUUCCACAUGAUUAUAAAACACUCGCUUGGGGUCACCAGGAUAUUCCAUUUUACCAGUGGAGCGCUGAUCAUCCCGAUUUAGAUGUAUUUUUAUAAUUAAUAUUAUAUCAAACAUAUUGUUAAUAUUAUAUUAGUAGUUUAAUCACAUAUUUUUUUUAAUAAAUUAUUAUUAUAUAUGUUUUAUAUAGGUAUAUAAAAAAUGGAUAUACAUGUAAUUAAGAUUACAUAGUUGUAAAUUUUAGUAAUCAAUUAUUUUAGUCCACCACAUAUUUUAUAUUUCACUUGCUAAUGUUCUCAAAUAAAUAUACUUAUAUUAAGUAUGUUUUUAAAUUAUUUUAUUUUCUAUUGAUCGUUCAUAAGAUGUGUUUGGAAAGCUUUGAUAAAUAUAUCGAUAAUGUUGCUUAUAAAACAUAUGAUACAAGGCUUUCUACCUUUAAAAAAUGGAAAGGUAGAUUAAAACCUGAGAUAUUAGCUGGAGCAGGAUUUUACUCUAUUUCAUAUAAUGAUGUUUGUAAAUGUUACUAUUGUGGAGUAGAAAUUUAUGAUUGGAUCCAUGAUGAUUGUCCUAUCGAAGAACAUUAUAAAUUUGCACCAACAUGUAACUUAAAUGAAUGCUUAUUGCUAAACAAAAAUAAAAAUUGCAAAAACAAAAAUAUUUCGAAAUGUAAAAAUUUAUUGAUUUUAGUAUUAAUUUACCUCUGUUUUCAAUAUAUAUUUGUUAUAGCAAAAUGUAUUUAUAUUAGUUUAUAAUAUAAAAAAGUUUCAAAUGUUAUUGGGCUA